AUGGCACAGGCAGGAAAAAUUGAUAAUGCAAUACUGGAAAUGGAAAGGUUGAAUAUCAAGAUCAUGGGCAUUAGUGAAAUGCGUUGGCCAGGAGCAAGCUACUGUGAUAUUGGUAAAUAUCGAGUUUACUAUUCUGGAACAUCAGAUGGAAGUUUUCAGUGUGGUGUGGGAAUCAUAGUAAGUAAAUCAGUAGCAGAUAGUGUAACAAAUUUUAUUCCGGUCUCAGAGCGAGUCAUGCUAUUACAAAUAAGAACUUCUCCUACACCUCUGAACAUCAUACAGGUGUAUGCUCCAACAACAGACCAUCCAGAUGAAGAAAUGGCUGAAUUCUAUUCACAGAUCACGAUGGUGUUGGGGCAGUUACCAAAACAAGAUGAAAACACUCCAAGUUUUGACUCGCGUAGUCUGCUAGUGCCUGGUUUCGCAGCACAAGCGCUAGCGGCAGUUACGUCAAUGAUGGCUGCCUUCACUGGACCCGAGCGUGCUAGCUGUGUGUACUGGUUUGAAAAACGGCAUAGUGUACCUUAA